AUUUCCGUCCAAACACCUUUUCACUAUUUUCUCUUGUGGGAAAUCUUUUCGAAUAUUUUAUUGAAUAUUUUGUUUGUAUCUAUUUUGACAGCAAAAGUCCCAUUGUUGUGUUUUUGGGAAAAAUGUAAACAAAAAAAAAUUGAAUUUUCAUUAUUUUGAAAUUGGUGGAAAUUUUUGAUCUUGAUUAAAAAAAAUGUCUGAUGAUAAUCAACAACCACACAACAACAACAAUUAAAUCAUCAAGAUGAACAGUUAACUGUUGAUGAAAAAGCAAAAGUUGAAGCCGAUAAUGAUGAAGAAUUUAGUGAAUUUCGUCAAAUGAUUUGUUCAAUCAUUCCACCGUUAAGACCAGAAUUUCAUAAAGGACAAGCUGGCCGUAUUGGAUUGAUUGGUGGUUCACGUGAAUAUACUGGUGCACCAUAUUUUUCUGCAAUAAGUUCAAUGAAAACCGGUGCUGAUUUAUCAUAUGUUUUUUGUAAUUCAGAUUCAGCAUCUGUAAUAAAAUCCUAUAGUCCAGAAUUGAUUGUCUAUCCAAUUUUGGAUCAACCAAUUUUGAAUGAUUUCAAUGAAAUUCUACCUAAAUUACAUGUACUGGUUAUUGGUCCUGGUUUAGGUCGUAAUGAUCAAAUAUUAUCAAACGUUGGUACGGUGAUCGCACAGGUUAAAGAACGAAAUAUGCCAAUCGUUUUGGAUGCUGAUGCCUUAUAUUUCAUAUCAAAAUGUCCAGAAAUUGUUCGUGGCUAUACUGCGGCAAUAUUGACACCGAAUGUAGCUGAAUUUGAUCGACUUUACACGGCCGUAUUUCGAUCGGAUCCAAAACAAUCAUCAGACAAAACCGUUACCGGUGAUGAUAAUGCACGAUCAGCUGUUGAAUUAUUGGCUCGAACACUUGGUCAUAUUACAAUAUUACGAAAAGGUCCCGAAGAUAUUGUGUCGAAUGGCCGGAUCACCUAUACAUGUCGUGAACCAGGUAGCUAUCGUCGUUGUGGUGGUCAAGGUGAUUUAUUAUCCGGUGCAUUAGGUACAUUUACACAUUGGAGCCAUAAAGCAUUUGAAUCGAAUCAAAUAUCUGAUACAUUAUCAUCAAUAUAUCAGAAUUAUUCGCCAACCAUUUUAGCAUGUUUGGCCUCAUCAAUGCUGACAAGACGUUGUGCACGUUUAGCAUUUCAAAAACAUGCACGUAGUACAACUACAACGGAUAUGAUUCAAGAGAUUAAAAAUGCAUUUACCGCUUUGUUUCCUGUUGAUUGAAAUUUUUUUUUGUAAAAAUACAUUGUGACAAUUUAUUUUUAAUUUAAAUUUCGAAAACCACUUGUUGUCAAACGCAAAUGUAUCAUCAUUUGAUCGAUUAACCUUGUGACUUGAUUAAAAAUUAAAUUGAUACUUAUUGAUAAUGA